GUGCGCGUGUGUCUGUUUGGAGCCGAGGAGAGGCUUGGGUGACAGGCGAGGGGUGGGGGGAAGAGUUCAGUCUGAGUCACAGCCUCAUUCACUGAUUUCUCUUCGGCUGGACCGAGGCUGCCUCCCCACGCGGCUCCCAACUAUUCCCGUAGCUCAGUGCCCCCCUCCCGCCGCUCCACUCACAGGCAGACAGACUGACAGACUCGCUAGUUGGCAGCUUCACUCCCGAGGGUGCCGCGAGCCCACGCAGCGAGGACCCGGUACCCCUGGCGCGGCGAGGUGGGAUGCGGUGCGGACAGCAGCGCUAAGUGCCCCCCACGCCCGGCGCGGGGUGCACUCGCUCCUGGCCGCGGGCCGAGUGGCGGCGGCGGCGGAGGGGAUGAGCCUAGGACGCGCGAGACGCCUGCCUCAAGCUACCUCCAGGAGAGGGACGCCGAGCAGGGCUCAUCGCAGGACCGCGCGGACCCCUGCCCCCGGUGGCACGCGGCUGCGGAGCCUUGGAGUCUCAUCUGUGGUCAGGAUGCACUGGGCGCCUUCCAGCUGGUGAGGAUGCCCUGCUGCGCGGCCCUGCGCCCCCAGCCCCAGUCCCAGCUGGGCAAGACUGAGUGGGCCCGGCUUCGGCCCCUCGUGCCGGUGGAUGAAACGUGCCGGAGUGCUUGGGUGCCAUCAGCUAUCGAAUCUGAAUUGUAAGAGCCAUGGACGAAGGCACUGGACUGCAGCCCGGGCCGGGAGAGCAGCUGGAGGCGCCGGCUACCGCAGGAGCUGUCCAAGAGAAGUGCGAGCCAGAGACCUUCAGGUCUAAGAGUUUACCGGUCCUCAGCAGCGCCUCCUGCCGGCCGAUCCUCAGUCCCACUAAUGAAGACACCAAGCCGGCCUUUGGCUGUGCGGAUUCUUCUGGCCACCAGGACUUGAAGCAAGGCCCGAACCAGUUGGCCCCCAGUCCCUCUGCCCCGUCCACUUCGGCGGGGCUCGGGGACUGUAACCACAAGGUGGAUCUCAGCAAAACUUUCUCGGUGUCCUCCGCCCUGGCCACGCUCCAGAAGAGAAGGUGCCUCUACGUGGUCCUCACGGAUUCUCGUUGCUUCCUGGUGUGCAUGUGCUUUCUGACCUUCAUCCAGGCGUUGAUGGUCUCUGGGUACUUGAGCAGCGUAAUUACCACCAUUGAAAGGCGCUACAGUCUGAAGAGUUCCGAGUCAGGGCUGCUGGUCAGCUGCUUCGACAUCGGGAACCUGGUGGUGGUGGUGUUCGUCAGCUACUUCGGCGGCCGGGGUCGGCGGCCCCUGUGGCUGGCCGUGGGUGGACUCCUCAUCGCCUUCGGGGCAGCCCUCUUCGCCUUACCUCACUUCAUCUCGCCCCCCUACCAGAUUCAAGAGUUGAACGCCUCGGCCCCCAACGACGGCCUGUGUCAGGGUGGCAACUCCACCGCCACUUUGGAGCCUCCGGCGUGUCCGAAGGACUCGGGAGGAAAUAAUCACUGGGUCUAUGUGGCUUUAUUCAUUUGCGCGCAGAUUCUCAUUGGAAUGGGCUCCACACCUAUUUAUACCCUGGGACCAACCUACUUAGAUGACAAUGUCAAGAAAGAGAACUCCUCUUUGUACCUAGCCAUCAUGUAUGUCAUGGGAGCACUUGGCCCUGCAGUGGGAUAUUUAUUAGGUGGACUUCUUAUUGGUUUUUAUGUUGAUCCCAGAAAUCCUGUUCACCUUGACCAGAAUGACCCUCGUUUCAUUGGAAACUGGUGGAGUGGAUUCCUCCUUUGUGCCAUUGCAAUGUUUCUUGUGAUAUUCCCAAUGUUUACUUUUCCAAAAAAGCUUCCACCUCGACACAAGAAAAAGAAAAAGAAAAAGUUUUCUGUUGAUGCUGUUAGUGAUGACGAUGUUCUGAAGGAGAAAUCAAACAACAGUGAACAAGUGGACAAAAAAGUUUCUUCUAUGGGAUUUGGAAAGGAUGUCAGAGACCUACCAAGAGCAGCUGUCAGGAUCUUAAGCAACAUGACAUUCCUUUUUGUGAGUUUGUCAUACACAGCUGAGAGUGCCAUUGUAACUGCUUUCAUUACCUUCAUUCCCAAGUUCAUCGAGUCACAGUUUGGUAUCCCAGCCUCCAAUGCCAGCAUCUACACUGGGGUUAUUAUCGUUCCCAGUGCUGGUGUUGGUAUUGUCCUCGGAGGCUACAUUAUCAAAAAAUUGAAACUUGGUGCCAGAGAAUCUGCAAAACUAGCAAUGAUCUGCAGUGGUGUGUCUUUACUGUGUUUUUCAACCCUAUUUAUUGUUGGAUGUGAAAGCAUUAAUCUAGGGGGCAUAAACAUCCCUUAUACAACAGGACCUUCUCUCACCAUGCCCCAUAGGAAUCUGACAGGAAGCUGCAACGUUAAUUGUGGCUGUAAAAUACAUGAGUAUGAGCCAGUCUGUGGAUCAGAUGGAAUUACAUACUUUAACCCUUGUCUGGCUGGCUGUGUUAAUAGUGGUAAUCUUAGCACUGGGAUACGGAAUUAUACAGAAUGCACCUGUGUCCAAAGUCGACAAGUGAUCACUCCGCCCACCGUGGGACAGCGCAGUCAGCUCCGUGUGGUUAUUGUCAAGACUUAUCUCAAUGAGAACGGCUAUGCUGUGUCUGGGAAAUGUAAACGGACCUGCAAUACCCUUAUCCCAUUCUUAGUUUUUCUUUUCAUAGUCACCUUCAUCACAGCUUGUGCCCAACCAUCGGCCAUCAUAGUAACACUUAGGUCCGUAGAAGAUGAGGAGAGACCUUUCGCACUGGGAAUGCAGUUUGUUUUGUUGCGAACACUUGCAUACAUUCCUACUCCAAUCUACUUUGGAGCAGUCAUUGACACCACCUGCAUGCUCUGGCAACAGGAGUGUGGAGUGCAGGGUUCUUGCUGGGAGUACAACGUGACGUCGUUUCGUUUUGUGUAUUUUGGUUUGGCGGCCGGCCUCAAAUUCGUUGGCUUUAUUUUUAUUUUUCUGGCCUGGUACUCCAUAAAAUACAAGGAGGAUGGACUCCAGAGGCGGAGGUGGAGAGAAUUCCCCCUGAGCACCGUGAGUGAGAGAGUGGGCCACCCCGACAGUGCCCGGACUAGAUCUUGCCCAGCUUUCAGCACCCAGGGAGAAUUCCACGAAGAGACUGGUCUGCAAAAAGGGAUCCAGUGCGCAGCACAGACCUACCCGGGGCCCUUCCCAGAAGCAAUAAGUUCCUCUGCGGACCCGGGGGUGGAAGAGAGCCCAGCUGCCCUGGAGCCGCCCUCCUGAAGCUUGAAAAUGGAAGAAUUUAGUUUUGUUGGUUGAGUUGAAAAUGGCGACUUGAGAAACAACCGUGCCUUCUUUUCUUUAUUUCUUUUUUUAACCUCUACAGACACAAUCCUCAAACCAACAAAACUCAGUAUACACAGCCGCUAUUCAUUGAGGGCUGGAUACCUCAACAAGACUGAGAGCCUUUCCCCGCUUCUCUCCAAGAAGGAGACGUUCAGCUAGAUUUGUUCCCAUUUCCGUUGUGUUAAUUUAAAGCUCAUGCUCCCCUACGGUAUAGGCUGAGGUACACGGUUAGCAAAAUCAUGGGAAGGGGAAUGGCGGUGCAUAUCAUUAACUAACACUCCAAACAAAGGUGAGCUUGCCCAGGACUUGGCAUUUCCAAAUCAAAGUUUUUAGAUAUGAACACCUACUGUGAGUUCUGCUACAAAGCACAAAUGACUUUGUCUCAACUAUGCAAUUUGAUUGGAAAAAUGUAUGUGCAGCAUGUUACGUUUACUUUCACAGAAUAAAGCAGAUAUGUUUCUGAAAAGGGGAA